AUGGCGGAUCCUACCGAUCUGAACCUGGAUGCACCCAGUGACUUACAAGAUAUUCCGGACAUGUCCAUGCAACUACUUCCCCCGCCAGAGGGGACAUAUCCUGAUAAGGCGACGCUUCUUGCAGCAGUGCAGGCACACGGAAAAGCUCAUGGAUACAACGUCGUAGUCAAGUCGUCCAGCACUCCCACGGAAAAGAAACCGGGGCGGACUGCCAAGGUCUGGUUGCGAUGCGAUCGCGGGGGCCACUAUCGCCCGCGCAACGGGCUCACUGAGGAGACUAGGAAGCGGCGGCGCACAUCCCGGUUGAUGGAUUGCCCGUUCAUGCUAGUUGCAGCUGGAACUCCUGGGAUUUGGACGCUGACUGUUCUGAACGCCACACACAACCACGGCCCGAUUGUCGAAAAGCCUCGGCAGGUCCCUCAUCAUAAGGUCCGGAAGGGCCAGAUCGCAGCGGUACCCUACGAUUGGCCGCACGAUGCGACGCUGACCCCUUAUACGACGGCGUUAGUAAUUAUUGACAUGCAAAAGGACUUCUGUUUGCCGGGUGGAUACAUGAGCCUUCAGGGCUACGACAUAUCGGCUAAUCAGGCACUAAUUCCUAAAUUACAACAUCUGCUGAAUGCAUUCCGUUCAUCCGGUUUUCCCAUAUACCACACUCGGGAAGGACAUCGGCCCGAUUUGUCUACGCUGUCUAGUAGAGAGGCCUACCGUUCACAAAACAAUGCUUCUGGCAUGGGGAUUGGGUCUCCCGGACCCCUAGGUCGUCUGCUGAUACGUGGCGAGGUGGGUCACGACACCGUUGACGAAUUGUACCCAGUUCACGGGGAACCGGUAAUCGACAAACCAGGCCGGAGUGCGUUUGCACACACCGACUUCGAACUCAUCCUUCGCAAUCGCGGUAUUAAGAACCUGGUGUUAGUGGGUGUAACGACCGAUGUGUGCGUUGCGACGACUAUGCGCGAGGCUAACGACCGAGGCUUUGACUGCGUGGUGCUUGAAGACGGAACUGCAGCCAGCGAACCGUCCCUUCAUGUGAGUGCCAUCGAGUCAGUCAAGAUGGAGGGAGGAAUCUUCGGGGCAGUAGCCAAACUAGAGGACGUGUUGCACGCAGUGGAGAACUUUAAAGCCGUGACUGUGAAGAAGCUGGCUCCGCAGAUGACGGUAUGA